CGGUAAACCCUAGCUAAAACCCUAGAAAACGAAAUUAGGGUUUCGUUUUUUUUUUUUUUGAUCUGUACGGUAAUUCCAAGCUCUCUCAAAAAUGGUGAAGAGGAGCAAAAAGAGCAAGAGCAAGAGGGUUCCUUUGAAGAAGAAGCACAAGAUCAUAAGGAAAGUGAAGGAGCACCAUAGGAAGAAAGCGAAGGAGGCGAAGAAAUUGGGUCUUAAUCGCAAGAAUAAGGUAGAGAAAGACCCUGGAAUUCCCAAUGAUUGGCCUUUCAAGGAGCAGGAGCUCAAGGCUCUUGAAGCUCGCCGCUCCCGUGUUAUCGAGGAAUUGGAACAAAAGAAAGCCCUGCGCAAAGAAAGGGCUCAAAAGAGAAAGUUGGGGUUACUAGAGGAUGAUGAUAGCUCUAAAUUGGCUACAUCUGCUUCUCCUGGAGAACUCAAUGUUAAAGAUAUUUCCACUGGAGUUGGGAAAAACCGGGAUAACUCAGAUAGGGCUUUUUACAAGGAGUUGGUGAAGGUCAUUGAAGCAUCAGAUGUCAUUUUGGAAGUUCUUGAUGCUCGUGAUCCCCUAGGUACUCGUUGUGUUGAUAUGGAGAAUUUGGUGAUGAAAGCAGGCCCUAAUAAGCAUCUAGUAUUGCUUCUGAAUAAAAUUGAUCUUGUUCCUAGAGAAGCCGUUGAGAAGUGGCUUAAGUAUCUUAGGGAAGAAUUACCAGCUGUUGCAUUUAAGUGCAGUACACAAGAGCAAAGAUCAAACCUAGGGUGGAAAUCAAGCUCAAAGGCAGCAAAUCCAAGCAAUCUUCUACAAACUAGUGAUUCUCUAGGAGCUGAGACGCUUAUUAAAUUGUUGAAGAAUUACUCAAGAAGCCAUGAUAUCAAGAAAUCAAUUACAGUUGGUGUUAUUGGCCUGCCUAAUGUUGGUAAGAGUAGUCUCAUUAAUAGCUUAAAGAGAUCCCAUGUUGUCAAUGUUGGUUCUACUCCUGGCUUAACAAGAUCUAUGCAAGAGGUUCAGUUAGACAAGAAUGUAAAAUUGUUAGACUGCCCUGGUGUUGUGAUGCUUAGAUCUGGAGCAAAUGAUGCAUCUAUAACUCUUCGUAAUUGCAAAAGAAUCGAGAAGUUGGAUGACCCGAUUGGUCCAGUGAAGGAGAUUCUAAGGCGUUGCCCACCCAGCAUGUUGGUAACUCUGUACAAGCUCCCUAGCUUUGACUCAGUCGAUGACUUCCUUCAAAAAGUGGCUACUGUUAGGGGUAAGCUGAAAAAGGGUGGUGUUGUGGAUGUGGAAGCUGCUGCAAGAAUUGUUCUGCAUGACUGGAAUCAGGGUAAGAUUCCAUAUUACACUAUGCCCCCAAUUAGGAAUCAAGGAGAGCCUUCAGAGGCCAAGAUUGUUUCUGAGCUUGGGAAAGAAUUUGACAUUGAUGAGGUUUAUGACACUGAAUCUUCGUUCAUUGGAAGCCUCAAGUCUGUUGAUGAUCUCAACCCUGUGGAAGUUCCUCCGAGUUGCCCCCUCAAUUUUGAUGAGGAUCUACUAGAGAAUGAUGAACCAAAACAUUCAAUCCAAAGUGGUGAAGUCCCCAAAGACAUGUAUAAUGAUGGUGACGAUGUGUCCAUGGCAUGUGAAGAAGAUGAAGAAGGCAGGAACAAAGGAAAAACUGCUACUAGCAGGCAGAAUGAGAAGUUAUAUGCUGUUGAAGGUAUGCUUAAUACAAAGAUGAAGAAAGCAGAGAAGAAGAGAAGGAAAAAAGCUGAAAAAUCAAUCCCAGAAGAUGCCAUGGAUGAUGACUAUGACUUCAAAGUAGAUUAUGUCAAAAAAAGAUCUGCCAUGGAUGUUGGUGAUGAGGAUGAUGGUAAUCAAAUAAUUGGUAAGGUGCCUAUGUCUGGUAUUGAGUUCACUGAUGAGUGAUGUAAGACUAAAAAUGGCAUGCCUUAUCUUUAAAUGGAGUGAAUGCUUUUGUAUUUUAUUUUGGUUGAGUCGGCCAAUUUUGGAAAGGAUAAAGAGAGUUAAUUGAGUAUUGUGAUUUGGCUACUUAUUGUUUAAUCCCAUGCUUUUCUGUAC